AAGAGAACAAAAAGAACAAUUAACCUAAUAAAAUUAACUAUUGGGUUAACCUUACUUUUAGGUAUUUUCAAAAUAUGUCGAUAUUUUUGAGAAAUGUGAACGUUUUGAGCCGACAAUUGUUAAAAACCAUCCACAACCCUCGAACAGCAGACAUUAAACAUAUCAAGAGAUGGGUAGCACCCACUCUGAAAGAAUUAAAACGAAGACGGGACAAAAUUGGGCCCGAACCUCUUCGAAAACGAUCAGAAUUCCUAGAAUGGAACUAUGAUGCUGAAAUAUACGCCUUUGGCAAGAGACUUGGUGAAGAGUUUGAUGACGAAAUUUUAAGGAAAUCCCUAAUUCACAGAUCGUAUGUUAUACAGCAAGAACUUAAACAAGAGAGAGAAGAGACAACAACAACAACGUCAGCACCCACCGAAAUUGCAAAAGAAGAUAAUUCACAUCUUAUAGAAGCCGGUAAAGAAAUAAUUAAAAACUACUUAAACAAAGCUUUGCAAAAUCAAUAUCCUGAAGAACCUGCAGAGGCUCUUCAUAAAUAUUUAACUGCUGAUGAUAUGCUGUCACAUGUAGCAAAACAUUUAGGACUUACCGAUUUAAUUUUGAGUGAGGAUUUCCCAGUGGAAAAUUCAACUUUAGCAAGAACAUUUGAGGCUGUCAUAGGUGCUCUCAAUGAAAGCAGUGGUUUAGAGAGAGCAGAGCUGUUUUUAAAAGACUUUUUGUUAACUCAAUUAUCUGAUAAAGACAUAUUUGACAUCUGGGAACCCGAGAAACCCUAUGAAUACUUCAUUGGUAUUGCUAAAGAAUUAGGAUACAAAGAUGUAGAGCCAAGACUGUGUAAUGAAUCAGCUACAAAUACAAUUCUAGCUAAUUAUCAAGUGGGAUUGUACUCAAAUAAGAAGCUUAUUGGUUUGGGAUAUGGUGAGACAAUAGAAAAUGCCAAAGAUACUGCAGCUUUGGAUGCAAUACAAAAAAUUAAACUUCAGAAUUUUAAUAAAAAACAAGCCCUUCAGUAGUAAAUAAUAUUUAUGCCUAUUUGAAAUUGUUACUUUUUUAUGAAUGUUAGUAUAUUUUUGUUUCCUAAUAAACAAUUAGGAGGCACCUAUAAUGCUUCUGCUUUUUAUACUGG